UGGUGCACUUGGUCCGCAAUAAGACAUUCCGCUUGCCCCCCCCCCGCGCCCCUCCUCUCCGCCUUUCCCCGCCUCUGGCUUAUGCAAGGGCUGCUGGGCUGCUGCUGCUGCCGCUGCUGCUGCUGCUGCUCGGGGGCGGGCGGGCGGGGGGGCCUCUUCGAUGUGUUUUUGUUUUGAAGUCUUCAUCUCGGUCGGGCUCCGCUUUUAAACCCGCCCGCUGCGCUCCCCCCCUUCGCGCAAGAGCCAGGGCGCGGGGCUCGUCGGGAUCGACCGAUCGGCCGCCGGAUCUCGCUGGCGGGACGGCGCGGGCGGCAGGGACAGCUCCGGGCGAUGUCCAACGUCCGCCUCUCGAAUGGGAGCCCGACGCUGGAGAGGAUGGAAGCCCGGCAGGCGGACUACCCGAAGCCGUCGGCUUGCCGGAGCCUCUUCGGCCCGGUGGACCACGAGCAGCUGGCCCGCGAGCUGGAGAAGCACAGCCGCGCGCUGGAGGAGGCCGGCCGGAGCAAGUGGAACUUCGACUUCGGGCGCUGCCAGCCCCUGCCCGGCAGGUACGAGUGGCAAGCCGUGGCCAAGGACGCCCUGCCCGACUUCUACAGCAGACCCCCCCGGCUGAGCCGAGGCCGCGCCAAGGCCGGCAGCCAGCCGCGCCGGGGGGGCUUGGAGGGCCGCGGCCCCGCGACGGCGCUCCGGCGCGCUCAGGGAAUCUCCGCCGAGGAGGAGGAGGAGGAGGACGCCGCGCGGCGGCCGGAGCAAGAGACGGGAGCGGCGGGCGCUGCCGCGGAUCUAGGGCGCCAGAGCCCCGGGCCAAGGAAGCGACCUGCUGCGGACGAUUCCUCUCCUCGAAACAAAAGAGCCAACAUCACAGAAGAGGCUAUUUCAGAAGACUCUUCCAGUGCCUGCUCAGUGGAACAAACACCCAAGAAAUCCAGCCCAAGACGGCACCAAACGUAAAUUGUUUAUUAGAAUUAAGAACAUUCAUUUCCUUGUUCUUUGAAGGCAUCAAGUUCAUGAAGCAAGGAAGAUGCAGAGUUUAUAUAUGAAAAAAGAAAGAAAACAUAUCACUGAUUCUCCUCAGUGGAGAACUUGUACACGCACUGA